GUUUCCCAGCGGUGACGUAGGGGGAUUUCCACCCAGCCUGAGCUAAAGUCGCACAAAGUGAAACGAAUUAGGCAGAAAACGUGAGAUAUUUUUAUGGCACGAGCCGAAGCAGAAGCAGAAGCAGCAAAGCGCGGCAGUGAACGACCCUCAACACGACGACGACGCCUAAAAACAAACCUCUGCGGACAGACGAGCGCCCGGAAAUGAGCCCAUAGCGCGGGCGCGACGCCGACAGACAGAGGACUUUCGGAGCUCGGAGACUGAGAUUGAGAGACGUUAGCGAGGAGCAGCGGCGAAGUGGCCGUUUUCUUCUUCUUCUGCUCUUACUUGCCAUGAGAAUCAUGAACGGAUCUGUUCACAACGGUACAGGAGAUUUCGACCUCGACAUUAUCAGUGAGUAUCUUGUGGAGAAAGGACUCCCAGGACCUCCUCCUCCUCCUGUCGACUUGGAGGUCCAGGUCUGUGCCCCACCAGCUGGGGGCAGACGCAGUACUCCAGUGCUUCUUUCUAGAUGCACUGACCCCCCCAAGCGUACUAAUCUAUUCACUCAAGUCACCGCUACUGGACCCAGAAACAUGUCAGCGAUGCCUUCGUCCCGUGGCCCCAAACCUCAAGGACAGCGUCGCGGGACAGCUUCUGCAGGCCGGUGCGGGCGCUCUCAGCAGACGGGCAUGGAGCAGCUGGAGAGCCUGCUGGACAAACCUCAGCUAGUGGUGGUGGAGCAGCCCAAAGAGCGCGGCAUGAGGUUCCGUUACGAGUGUGAAGGCCGCUCAGCCGGCAGCAUCCUGGGAGCCUCCAGCACCGAUGUUAACAAAACGCUACCUGCCAUUGAGCUCCAAGGACCAGUCGAAGGGAUUAAAAAUGUGACAGUGACCGUGUCUCUGGUGACUAAGGACAUCCCUCACCGCCCACACCCGCACUGCUUGGUUGGAAAAGACUGUGCAGACGGUAUUUGUAUCAUCUGCAUCAACCCCCAGACAACCCGAUGCCACAGUUUUGUAAAUUUAGGCAUCCAGUGUGUUCGGAGGAAGGAAUUAGAUGUCUCACUGAUGAAGAGGAAGAAUAAAAAUAUUGAUCCGUUCAACACUGGGCAGUCAAAGAGCAUUGAAGAUAUUGAUAUGAACGUGGUGAGGCUAUGUUUCCAGUGUGAGCUGGAGAGAGAGGAUGGGGACAGGAUCCAUCUCAGUCCUGUGGUGUCCAACCCCAUCUACGACAAGAAAGCUACCACGACAGCAGAGCUGAAAAUUAACAGACUGAAUGUUGUCAGGGGUCCCUGUACAGGAAAAACUGAGAUCUACAUGCUGUGCGACAAAGUGCAAAAAGACGACAUUGAGAUCGUCUUCAGUUUGGACGAUUGGGAGGCCAAGGCGGAAUUUGCGCAGACUGACGUUCAUCGGCAGAUCGCUAUUGUCUUCAAGUCGCCGCCAUAUCAGGAGCAGGACAUUAGUGAGGAAGUGGAGGUCAACGUGUCUCUGCGCCGCAUUUCGGACCGCAUGUACAGCGACCCGGUCAAGUUCACCUAUCUUCCUUGCAACACAGAUCCAUAUGAAGUAAACCGCAAGAGGAAAAUAAAAUCAGACAUCAAGUUCAACGAGGACUGUCGUGUCCUCCCAGCUACAGACAUGAUGGUGAAUAAACCGGCUCCAUCUCACCAGUUUGAUCCAUUCUGUUUCGCCACCUUGGACUGUGGCAUUCCGUCGGCAACUCCUGCCCAGGAAGAGAGCCAGCCUUUAAUGGCUCAGAUACUGGAGGACAACCCUUAUGUAGAAGAUGAUCUCAAACAAGAGGAUGGCUGUGUGAGUUUGGAUCUAGACACCAUGAGCAACAUCUUCUUUAGCAUUAGUGAGUGCCUUGGUCAUCAAAAUGUUCUCCAGCUUUUAAAUAACCAAGAUCCCAACUCCAACUUCAUGUUUGAUGGUACAGAUCCAAACUUCAGUUCAACCAGCCAGCCUCCAAUGAACAUGACCUCCUACUACGACGCACAUUUCAACCAGAUGGUAAGUGCGGGCCAGAGCCACGGCAUAGAUCACGACUCCCUGCCGCAAGACUUGCUGGGCAUUUCCUUAAAUCAAGUAAAGACUGAAAACGAAGAAGACUCUUAAAAGUCCUCUCUAGUUGCUUAGAAAAGAGGCAACCUUCAUUUUUCUAUUGUGGAACCUAUGACACUGAUGUGUUCAUAUAUGUUUUGAUCCAUGCCAGAUACCAUACACUGUCCUUUGAAGGGCUCUCAAAAUGAACAUGAACCAGGAAGGGGCAGAUCUGUAUGGUCAAACUGAGCCCAUUCUGUUGGACCUCUUGACAAGUGAUGGCUGUGUGUUUUCAUGCAGAAAGUGUCCCCUCAGGGCCAGGCCCAGGCCUUUCUCCAUUUGUUUUGGAGUGUGAGAGGAAACAGUGGAUUCUGAGCUUGGUACCCACCAGAAAAAAAGGCAGUAUUCCUGCUGUGAUAAUGUAGAACAUGCUUGCUGCAGAUUAUCUGGGAGAAGCAGGUAGCCAUUUGGUAGUCGUGCACUAAAGAAAGGGAAAAUGACAGUUAUUGCUCAAAAUAAAAUAGGAGAUUCGUUAGCUAAUUGUACAGGCUUCACAGCAUUCCCACUAACCAGUCUGUCAGAAUUUAGUUGGAUCAAAUCCCACAUUCAUCCACCUAACCUGUGGUUGACAGUAGUCAGUUGUAUGUGAUGGAGAAUAUUUACAUCUGUUUGAAUCUGUUUUACAUUAACGUUUCUGUUGGAACCGCUUUAUCUUAGAAGAAUGUCAAGUAAUAGCAUUAAAUAAUAUGCAUUUAAAGCAGGCAUUUAAGUAGAGCUUACUUAUGUACUUGACUACAUGAAGUAAAUAUUGAGCAGCAGAGGUGGGUAGAGUAGCCUGAACUCCUACUGAAGUAAAAGUACCUUGUGAGAAAACAAGCAGAAGAAUAGGUCAAAAACUAGUUAAGUACUCAGUAACUUAUAGAACUCCAGUCUUUUACUAUUCUUAUCUGUUUGAUGCAUAAAAUAAAAUGAUAAAACUCGAACGUGAGAGUUGUGACCAAUCAUAAAGCAGUACAGGUGCUAUGACCAAUGUAACUUAACAAAGUUAAACCCCAAAAAAAGAUUAGUAACUAAAUGUUAAUGAUUAAAAUGUAACUGAGUAGAAAGUAGAUUCCUUUCUUCACAUAUAUACUUGAGUGGUAGUAAAAGUAUAGUAUUAUGAAUUGAAAAUACUCAGGAAAGUACAGAUCCAUCAUAAGUUUACUUGAGUACAAGUAACCAAGUAAAUGUGACUAGUUACUACCCACCUCUGCCUCAAGAUUCCCGCACUGGCAUCUAUCUAAAGUGUGCAUUUUGAAAGAGAGACGUAGCAGAUUAAACAGUGAAGAUCUUUGUUGUUCUACACCUAAAUAUGUAAUUAUGCUUGUAGAAUAUGCUGUUGUAAGCUGAGUGAAAUGAGCUGUUUCUCCUAUAUCGGAAAACUGCUUAUUUUGUGUCUUAUUAAAAGCUUGGUUUGAAA